AUGGGCUCAGGUCACGAGCACGGAAUUGGAGCCCCCUGUCUAAAAUGCAAAGAGAAGUGUGCAGGGUUUGAACUACACUUCUGGAGGAAAACAUGUCGUAACUGCAAAUGUGGGCAAGAAGAGCAUGGCAUACUCCUGAGCACUGAGGAGAACAGGAAAGUGGGGAGACUCUCUGAAGAUGCCAAAUACACCAACUUAAUGGCCAAGCUGAAAUCAGAAGCAAUUCCCAUGUGCAAACCCAAUGUAAUGGUAGUGAGCAAUCCAGUGCCUGCAAAGAAGGAUUCCCUUAAAACUGUUACCUAUGACUGGUCUCCCUCUGUCCAGAACCAGGCACUUGCCAGACAGUACAUGCAAAUGCUGCCUAAGGAAAAGCAGCCAGUGUCAGGUUCAGAGGGGGCACAGUACCGGAAGAAACAGUUGGCUAAGCAGCUCCCUGCACAUGACCAGGACCCUUCUAAAUGUCAUGAGUUGUCUCGCAAAGAGGUAAAAGAGAUGAAGCAGUUUGUGAAGAAAUACCAGAGUGAGGUUCUGGGAGUGGGUAACGUGAAGAUUCCUUCUGAGAUCAAUGCUCAAGAUAACAAGGUGCACAACCUUGCUGGAAACAGAAACACCACAGCAGUAGUGGGUUCCAAGGACAAGUCUAAGGAGUCUAAGAAGAUCCAAUAUUCCUGUUACUGUUGCAAACACCCCAUGAAAGAAGGAGAACCAGCCAUCUAUGCUGAAAGGGCUGGCUACAGUAAACUCUGGCACCCAGCUUGUUUUAUCUGCAGCAUCUGUGGUGAAAUCCUGGUAGACAUGAUUUACUUCUGGAAGAAUGGGAAGCUAUACUGUGGCAGGCAUUACUGUGACAGUGAGAAGCCCCGCUGUGUUGGCUGUGAUGAGUUGAUAUACAGCAAUGAAUAUACCCAAGCAGAGAACCAGAAUUGGCAUCUGAAACACUUCUGCUGCUUUAACUGCAACAAGGUUCUGGCAGGAAAAGUAUAUGUGAUGGUCAGAUCCAAGCCUGUGUGCAAGUCCUGCUACAUGAGGAACCAUGCUGUAGUGUGUCAAGGAUGUCACAAUGCCAUUGACCCAGAAGAGCAGAGAGUAACCUACAAACAAUUCAGCUGGCAUGCAUCCAUGGCAUGCUUCCUAUGCUCCUGCUGCAGCAAGUGUCUCAUUGGGCAGAAGUUCAUGCCUGUAGAAGGGAUGGUUUUCUGUUCCAUGGAGUGUAAGAAUAUGUUGUACUAA